GCCACAUGAAAAUGGAAACUAAUCGACAGUAUUUGAGACUAACGUACACCCAGUUGCGAUUAGGCUUUUAAGUUCGUUAUACGCGUUCAUCAUGGCAUCCGCUGAAGAAUUAAGCGUCUCUGCCCUUGUGUACGAUUAUUUAUUAAAGAAAGACGCAUCGCUGGCAAAAGUUUUCCAAAAAAAAACAAAAGCGCCUGGGUUGCCAAAAGAUGCACCAACGAUACAGGAUGUAUUUAAUCACUUUCAAAAAACAUCAUCAAAGAAAUUGAACAUAAAGACACAGGCUAAAGACUCGAGUUCGGAUACAAGUUCAGAGAGUGAAGAAGAGGCACCAAAGAAAGUGUCCACACAAAUAAAUGGUAAACCUACGGGUAAUGCUGUAGUAAAUAAUAAGCAAAAAGAAUCUUCUUCAGAAGAUAGUUCUACCAAAGAUGAAAAUCCUACAUCGAAAACAACUACAAAAAAUAAAGGUACUGUCAAACCAUUAUCUAAACCACCAACUGUGAAGAAAAAAGAAAGUUCAAAUGAUAGUUCAUCAGAUUCUGGUUCAGAUAGUGAAGAAGAAUCUAAAGUAAAUGUAACUGCAAAAGCAACUUCAAAACCAGUCAUUGCAGCCAGUAAAAAGAAGGAAUCAUCAAGCGAUAAUAGCAGUGUUAGUGAAGACAAAAGUCCAUUUAAGCCAUUAUUAAAGAACGUACCAGCUGUAAAAAAAACAUCUAAGAAAGAAGAAUCCAGUAGUGAUGAUUCUGAUGAUUCUCCUGAGGAACAAAAAAUUAAACGUCAGCCAUCGAUUAAAACUAAGCCAGUUGCAAAACAACAGGAAUCUUCAAGCGAUGAUUCUGAUGAUUCGUCAGAAGAGACAACUAAUACAAAGACACCAGUUGCUAAACCUAAAAAUAAGAAGAAACAAGAGAAAACUGUUCAACAAAAGAAAAAAGUAGAAUCUACUUCAGAAAAGAAAGAAACAUCAAAACCAGGAAAGCAAAAUAAAGGUUUAGCAACAAAAUCAGUAGUAACAGUAACAAAAGAUUCAUCAUCUGAUGAAGAUAGUAGUGAAGAAGAAGCACCACAAGCCAAAAAAACUGCUCCUCCAGCAAAGAUAGUUCCAGCUAAAAAAAAGGAAACUUCUAGCGAAGAUAGCAGUGAAGAUAGCGAUGAAAGCAGUGAAGAAGAACCACCAACUAAGAAGCUUGCGGCUUCACCACAAACACCAGUAGCUGUAAAGAGCGUAGUAGCUAAAAAAGAAAAAUCUUCUUCCAGUAAAGAUAGCAAAGAAGAAGAACAUCAAUCAAUCAAGAAAGCUACUCCUGCUAAAUUAGUAACAUCAGGUGUAUCUAAGAAAGCAGAAUCUUCUAGUGAAGACUCUGAUGAGAAUGAUGAGAAUGACAAGUCAGUUACAAAAGCGACACAGAAACCUGUGAUACAAUCAGCUGCAAAGAAAACUAAAUCUAGUUCAGAAGAUUCAGAUGAAUCUUCUGAAGAUGAAAAACCAUCAUCUACAGUUACAAAAACAGCAACAAAAACUAGUAUUAAAAAGGAAUCGUCUAGUGAAGAUUCUAGCGAAGAUUCAGAUACAUCAGAUGAUGACAAACCUCAAACACCUGCUGCUAAAACUAUCUCAAAACAACCAGUUAAAGAAAAUUCAGAAGACAGUGAUUCUGAUAAGGAAACGCAAAAGAAAAAAGAAAUACAAAAAACAUCUAAAGCUCAGAAAAGAAAACACGAUGAACAAGAAGAGGAAAAUGAAGAGAAGCCUCCUGUGAAAGCUCAGAAAAAUAAUUACACUAAUUUUGUAAAGCCAAACCAUAACUUCAAUAACGACAAGGAGGACAAUCAGGAAGAGGGUGGUUUUAGGAAACAUAGUGGAAGGGGUGGAUUUAGUGGAGGCAGAGACAGUUUUGGUCGCGGUGGAUUUAGGGGAGGACGUAACAAUGGUGGUGAUAGAGAUAGAGGCUUUGGUCGCGAUGGCGGUAAUGAUAGGGGAGGAAGAGGUUUUAGAGGUGGUUUCAGGGGCGGUCGAGGAAAUUUUAGAGGUGGUUUCGACGGUAGAAGAUCAUGGGGUGGGAACGAUAGGAAAUUCGAUUCUGAAGGCGCUAAAACUGACGGGUUUAAGAAAUCAUGGGGUAACAGUGAUAGUGGGAAAGAUAAUUACGUUAUUUAAUUAUAAUUCAAUAUUUCAUUGUAAUGUUUCUUUCGAUCAUUUUAAUCUUUUUUCUAUUUCAUCUGGUCUGGCCUCUAUGUUCAAAUGAGACUCGAUACACAUCUGCAUUUAAAACCUGUAUCUUGAUAAGCACCAGUUUUAGGUUCCGACUUUUGGACAUUUGUCCAAUGCGUUUAAUAACUGGCCUCAUACCAGGCACCUCACCCCGUCCUAUAAAGCGUGCUGUGGGGUUCGUGUCGAUAAGGUGGGGUAAUUAUGGGAAAAGGAAGCGCGUUUCGUCUCAAAGUCGCCAACCCAGACUCGUCAGUGGGUCUGACGAUGGCGACCCCCCUUUGCCCCUGGCCUCAGACGCUUGGUUGUUGGAGGGGGGGAAAGCUCUAGUUGGGUAUGGAAACGGCACCCAUCUUAGAGGGGUGCCGCAAGACGGUGGUCGCUUAACUUCGGCGAUCGCUUACGUCGCGCGGUCAGCCAACACCCACCGGCAGACUUGGGACUUUGUACAUUUUUGAAUUGAUAUAUAUUAAAGAUGAACACCGCGGGGACUCGACAUCAAAUGAGGCUAACUCAUCCUGGUUGUCGGCCGGAGAAUUAG